AUGACGAAAACUCGUCUAAACAGUGCAUUUUCUCAGGGGGAAGAGAACCCGGUCGUUGAUACUGUGCCUAAUCUAGGGGAAGAAAGCCAACUUCCAACCAAACCAUCUACAUCUUCACCCAAAUCAGAUCCGUCUACAUCUCCACCACCAAAAGUUACAUCUCCACCAUCACCAGUUAAAGAAGCAUCUCCACCUCUAGUUGCAGAAUCUCCACCACCACCCAUUAUAGAAUCUCCACCACCACCAGUCCAAGAAACCCCAUUAUCACCAAACCCAGAAACCCCAAUAACCACUGCCCCAAGAAAUCCUUCUUCUUCCCCAUCUCACAAAACUACUCCUCAAAAUCCACCACCAUAUCCACAUUCUCCAAUCAAUGAUGAAAUUCUUCUGAGUACCCUUCACCCAAAAAAAAAAACAAGACGGCCAAGAAAGCAUAUUGCAGUUAAACAGGUUCGUCCACACAGGCCAGUGACUAGGAGUGCGAAUGUGGUCAAACCAACUGAUGAUGCAACAUCUAGUGUGAAGCGUCGACGUCUGGGUAAGUCUCCUGUUCACUCAUCUGUUUCUCCAAUGAAUCUUGAUUCUGAAACUGAUGAUGUCUCUGAGGAUAAACAUUCUACAACUCCUCAAUCAAAAUCAAAAUCUGCAAAAAGAAAUGUAGAUAAAUUUCGCAAAGUGGGAAAGAAAAAGUAUUUCCAAACCAAGACAGUGCUUAGGGGUAGAACUUUUCACCCUGAUAUACUUUCAAUGGAUAUAGUCAAGCAGGUUUGUGAACUACUAAGGUUUCAGGGGUGGGAGGAAUUAUUCCUUGAACCUAAUUUGAUUUAUGAACAAGAAGUGGUAGACUUUUAUACAAACUUGGUAAUCCUGGAAGGAGAUGUGGUAUCAUCUAGUGUGAAGGGGGAAUAUGAUAGAAUCGAUAAUUCUACUACAAGAAUAUAA